GCCACCGAGGAGAGUGGAAGUGUUGAAGUCUCCAUCCGCGCGGAGCUUUUGGUGUGGUGGUCGCGUCCGCCGGAAUCUAAGCGGAAUCCUUGCGGUACUCCGGACGAACUUUGCGAUCAUUGGAGUGACUGGACGAAUCUGUGGACUAUAUUUGAGACCGAUCUUACAGGAAGUCCGAACGGUGGACGAUUAACAGAGAAUAACACAGACCGUGGAAUGGUGUAAUUAUGUCCGUGUUUUCUCCACAAACUCUCCUCGCUGUAUGACUCAAGGUCGCCAUCAGCGCGUUUUACGAAACACCGUAUCAUUCCACCCAAAAAUUACCUCAACACCCCAUCCCCCCCAAAAAAUACCAAAAUAAAAAACGGACUUAAAUCCCCCCACCCAAAAAAGCAAACCCUCAAAACCUCAACGCAGAGAAGGAGAACCGCGCGUAGAAUUUCCAGCUUUUAGAGAAAACAGUGACGGUCCAUCCUUGCGGGGAAGGUCAGCGGCAUCGGAGGGACCGAAAAACUCACUCGCUCGCUCGCUCUCCAGGUCCCCUUCGCAAGGAAUCCAAAAGACUGGCGAGACGGACGGAAAUGUCAUAGACACCCCUUCUUGUGCUUCGCUUUCUUGCCGCGAGAUGGCAGCACGAAGGAUGUCCAGGACGCCCUUCCUGUUGCUCCUGCUGGCUGCGCUGCCCUUCAACGCCGGCCAAGAUGCCACCAACUCCACCGAGGCGACGAGCGAGAGCGGAGACUCGACGCCGCUAGGUCUUUCCCUCACGACCGCCUCCGAGACACUGACGGUCGUCCGCAAGUGCUGCCCUGAUUUACACGUGUGGGACUUGGCCACGAGUACCUGCCAUAUCUCCCAAGACUUGCAAUUCAUCGUCCCGACCUUUGCAAUGGACAUUUACGGCAUCUACACCGAGGGGAACCUCACCCGCGACCAGCUCCAGCUCGAGACGGGGAAGGUGGCGUGCUCCUCGCCGUGGCAGCUGGAGGAGCCGACCAACACGUUCAAGGUGCUGGAAACGGGGCAGUUGUGGGUCGUGGACUUCGAGGCUUAUUACGAGCUGGACAUGUACUGCCUGGAGACCUUCGCCCAGAACGCCAGCAUGCCCGCGUCCCCGCACUGGCUCGGGGCCGCCGUGUGCCACACGCAGACGCCCAUCGAGCCCUUUGACGCCUCAAAGAUCACCGUCAGGAAAUGCUGUUUGCACAAUCAGGUGUACACGGCGGACUCGAGCUGCAUCCCGCGGGGCAACGUGACGAGCGAGGCGUGGCGCGUGCCGCUGCGUCCUGCCGGCGCCGCGGCGGGGGAGCUCGCGCAAGUCGACGUCCGCCAGCAGCCCUACGCCGACACGCACGAGGUGGUCGCCUCCUUCCAGGUAUGCAAAAGGGACGAGAUGGGCAUCGAGGUCCACGAUUUCCACGUGGUAGAACAGACUGGUAAACUCUAUAUCCCGGAGCUCCUUCGGGAAUUCUCCCACGAUGAAUACUGCAUUGAGGACUUCUUCACGGACGAUGUCUCCAUUCCUACGGCUUACAUCUGCGUGAGCGAGGCAGAGAGGCAGCAACUGCAACUUUCCGAGACCCCGGGCUGCGAUUCGGGCAACUGCAUGAGGAAGUGCUGUCCCUUUGGCCAGAUCUUGGACUCCAUGGCCAGGAAGUGCGUCGCCGCCAUAGAUACCUACUUCAACGUCACCGUCAAGAUGGAAAAUGGAUCGCAAAAGCUGCCGAGUGACAUCGAGUUCCUCACCGAGUACCCCGACUGCGAGCUGCAGCUGACCUAUGAGGAGGAGGACGUCCAGCUGUUGGAAGGCAUGAACCUCAGCUACGUCUCCUACAGCCAAGAGGAAUGCGACCCGAGGAUCGAGAACAUUAUUCCUCAGGAUAAUUACUGCAUUGAUCAGGUUUUGUAUCCAUCGGGCAAGGUGAAACAAGGAGCAGCCUUCUGUAUCUUAGAGGAGGCUACAGCGGAAAAGUCAGACGUCAGAAUUAUCUACUCUGUAUUUCUGGGAAUCUCAGACCUCUUCAUUUUAAUUUCCUUCAUCGUGUAUCUGACAGUGCCAGACCAGAACAAACGCGGUCUCAACAAGAAUGUAAAGCUGGCACACUCAGUCUUGGGUCGGAUCCUCUUAUGCUUCCUCUUCAGCAUGUUCUUUGCGUAUCUCUUCCUCAUCAUCAUAAACCUCUUCUCAGACCCAAUCUACCUGGCAAGCAAAAGUGCCUGUAUUGGUGUUGGUGUGUGUAUGUACAUGUUCUUCAUGGCUACUUUCUUCUGGCUAAAUGUCCUCUGCUUUGAGAUUUGGUGGAAGUGUUCAAGACAGGAGAGCUCGAGUGGCCGCCGCUGGGUGUGGUACCAAGUGUAUGCCUGGUUCGGCCCCAUCACCUUCGGGGCCAUUUCUCUCAUCAUGGAUCUUACGCCUUCCAUUAAUAGCUGCUACAUUAAGCCUAACUUUGGGAAAUAUUCUUGCUUCUUCAGUGACACUCUAACACACAGUAAUGGAGCUAAAUGGGCAUACUUCUUUGGGCCAGUGGCUGCCCUGCUAAUGGCUGACCUCAUCUUCUUCCUCCUGACUGUGCGCUCGCUCCUCGUCACUGUUCAGCAGAGCCACAAGGGGACAGCUCAGAAGCAAGCCAAGCAGCGGCUCAAACUGUGCUUUAAGCUUUUUCUGGUUAUGGGGAUCAGCUGGUUUGCAGAGAUCAUCGCAUAUCAGUUUGGACCAAGCAAUUUUGGAUACAUCUCAAACAUUUUCAACUGUUCACAGGGCUUCAUUGUGUUCCUGAUCUUCAUCCUGAAACCCAAAAUCAUGGAGGCAGUUCGAGCCAGGCUGUGUGGCUGCUGUGGUGACCCCAAGCCAGCCAAGCUGCGUGGUAUGCUUCCCUUCACGUCCAUGGUCCUCACCAACUCAGCAACCACGGAUGAGUUUUCGCUUUCUAACCAACAGCUUUCGCUUGCACGCUCCAAUGUCCAUAACCAGAUCUCCACGAUUUCCAACUCGACAAAUGACAUGGUUGUACCCCCCAUGGCGCAUCAUCUCCCCAAACACCUUCCACUCUCACUCUGCCAGUCGUCUGAGCUGCAUGCAAAGAUCCACAGCAGACCAUCAUCUGAAUUCCCAAAUGAGGGUGAGCUGAGGGCCAGUUCUGAGCGGGACUCAAGGGACUCAUCUCCAGCGUCCUCCAGGCCGUCAACGCCAAGGACGACCUCUACUCGAGGCUCACUCUCGGCCAGCUGCAAGUCCAUGGAUGAAGUCACCUGCUGAUGAAUGGCAUGUUUUAUUUCUGUUAAACUCUCUUAAAGUGGCAAACAAAUUUGGUCUCGUACUAGAUUUCCCUAAAGAAAUAGAACUAUUGAUUUUGCUGGUUCUUGAUUAUAUGAUUUUUCUUUCUUUUGAGAGUUUUAUUUCUUUUUUUCUAAUGGAGAUGACUUGCUUUAAUAUGAGAAUCAGUUGCCUAUGGAAUUAUGAUUUAUUAAUAGUAGUUUUCUGUUUAAUAGAGUCUAUCUAUGUGCUUGUAUUUGCAUUUAAAAUCUAUAGAAAAAUAGAAAAAGAUAGGAAUGCUUAAGCGUAGAUUGUGUAGGUAUAUAUA